AUGCAUCACUCUAAGAACUCUUAUCAUCUGGAACGUGGACUCAGGAGAAGUCUUGAUCAAGAAAUGAUCGAAGGAGUCGGUCAAGAAGUUACGAUCGAAGGAGUAGAUCAAGAAGUUAUGAUCGAAGAAGUCAGUCAAGAAGUCAGUCAAGAAGGUAUGAUCGAAGGAGUAGAGAUAGUAGUUCUAGAAGUUAUGAUUGAAGAAGUAGAGAUAGGCAUUCAAGAAGUCAUGAUCGAAGAAAUCAGUCAAGAAGUUAUGAUCGAAGUAGAGAUAAUAGAAAUAGUCGAAAAAGUAGUCGUGACAGAAGAGAACGAUCAAGAAUUUAUGAUAGUGAAAGCAGUGAUAAAUGGUCCAAACCAAAUAAAUACAGCAUUUAUAAUCAUUAUAGCAAAAAUAAAAAACAUUCAAAAGCUAUUUCAGGAAUUUAUUAAACAGAACCUGGAAUUAGAUAAUACAAGCCCAUUUAUAGAUGAUAAAGACCAAAGCCAGGAUUUAUUAAGUCAAAAUCAUUCAAGAGUUCAAGGUCAAUCAAGCCAAAGUCGAUCAAAAACCAAACAGCCCAGUCAAAAUUAUUCAAGAUCACUAAAACAAUCGAACCAAAGUUAUUCGCAAGUUCAAGAUCGAUAUGGGCAAAAUAAUUUAGAAGUUCAAGAUCAAAGUUUUCAGGAUAUCAGACUUAAAUAUUUACACGUUACUGAUCUCCCAAAUGAUCUUAAAUCUGCAUUAAGAAUACAAGACGAAGAUAUAAAAAUUACCGAAGGAGUAGGAGAUCCAGUAAUUAUGUUUUUUAAAGAUCAAGAUCUUUUGCCAAUUACAAAUAACAACUUAUACCAUUCAUCUGAGAAUUCCGAAACUGAUGAGGAAAAUCCUUCUGAAAAAACGAAAGAUUAUUGUAAAGGAUUUGAAAUGAAACGAGCUCGAACUUAUGAUACUGAUUAUUAUGAAAAAGAACAAUCAAAACCAUUCCAAGCACCAGAUUGGACGAUUAAUGGAUAUAGAGGAUCAUUGAGAACAGCUAUACAAAAUGCUUGCUGUGAGCAGCCUUCACAAAUUUCAGAUUGCGAAGAUACUAAUGCCGAUUAUUAG